CAAUAAGAGCCCUCCCCUCCCCCUAAGCCUUGGCAGCCCCUCAGUUGUAGGAAGGGCGUAUGGGACUCUUGCUAUGGGAAGGUGGCGGCUGGUGUGGCAGCCAUGGCGCUGCAAAAAGCCCCCCGUUCUGCUAGGGCCGGCACUCCAUCCCAGAAAUGCAUCCACCUUCCCGCUCCCGCGACAACCUUUGCCCCCUCUAGCGCAAACCAUGGCUCGAUAUCUGCGCUCUUUGGAGCCCCUGGUAAGCCCCGAAGAGCUGGAGCAGUCACAGCAGCUGGUGAAUGAAUUUGGGGCACCUGGUGGAGAGGGGGAAAGGCUCCAGGCUCGACUGCAACGCAGGGCAGCUUGCAUGGAAAACUGGAUCACAGAUUGGUGGGUCCAGUCGGCCUAUCUGGAAAGCCGACUUCCCCUGGCUGUUCACUCCAGCCCAGCUGUGGUGCUGCCAAAACAGGAUUUUAAUGACUGGAAAGGCCAGCUGAGGUUUGCAGCAAAACUCAUUGCUGGUAUGCUGGACUUCAAAGCCAAGAUUGACUAUCAGACCCUCUUGGUUGAAUAUUCCCGGGGCUAUCCUCUCUGCAUGGACCAGUAUUCCCGCCUCUUCGCCUCAUGCCGUCUUCCAGGACCAAAACAUGAUUCUGUCUUGCUACCUCCACCAGGCCGGAAACCAGCCACAUAUAUCACAGUAGUCCGCAACUUCCAGUUCUUCCAGCUUGAAGUUUAUAACAGCGAUGGAACGCCUCUCACUGUCGACCAGAUUCACUCACAGCUCCAGCGAAUCCGUGGACAGUCAUGGAAGACUGACAAGGAGCCCCUGGGGGUGCUGACCAGUGACCACCGACACACAUGGGGACAGGCUUACACCACUCUCAUGAGAGACAAGCUGAACCGGGAUUCGGCACGUGCCAUCCAGCGUAGCCUUUUCACGGUCUGCCUGGACGCGCCUGUUCUGAAGGUGUCGGAUGCACGCGCAUCAAGCCGUCUUGCAGCACAGAUGUUGCACGGGGGUGGCAGCUACUCCAAUAGUGGUAAUCGCUGGUUUGACAAGACUUUGCAGUUCAUUGUGGGAGAAGACGGCUCUUGUGGGGUGCUUUAUGAACAAGCAGUCGCUGAAGGACCUCCAAUCGCCACCAUCAUAGACCAUGUCCUUGACUACUGCAACGAUCCUAACCCAGUUCGUGCUCCGUUGAUCCCUCUACCUUUACCCAAAAAACUCUACUUCUGUUUCACUCCAGAAAUCAAACGUGACAUUGAACAUGCCAAGCAAAACCUGGACAUCCUCAUCACAGAUUUGGAUAUCAGCUGUUUCACUUACCAGGGGUUUGGCAAGGAUUUUCUCAAACGCCUGGGGCUGAGCCCGGACUCUGUUCUGCAGGUGACACUGCAGCUGGCAUAUUACAGAGCACAUGGGGAACUGUGUCCCACUGCUGAGUCAGCCUCACUCCGUCGCUUCCACCGUGGUCGGACAGAGACCAUCCGCUCCACUACCUCUGCUGCACUGGCCUUUGUCCAGGCCAUGGCUGAUGAUAAGCGUCAGGCUUCGGAGAAGCUGUCUUUGCUGCAAAAAGCAAUUAAGGUCCACAGCACCCUCACAGAGCAGGCUCUGGAUGGCCAAGGUAUCGACCGCCAUUUGCUGGGGCUAAAACUGGAGGCCAUUGCUGACGGCUUCCGGGUACCAGAACUGUUUAUGGACACUUCCUACGCUGUUGCCUCUUAUUGGAAGCUCUCUACAGGGCAGGUAGCUGCCCGCACAGAUUGUGUGAUGUGCUAUGGACCACUGGUACCCGAUGGCUAUGCCGUCUGCUACAACCCUCUGCCGGCCCAUGUUAACUUUUCUGUCACCGCCUUCAAUUGUUGCCAGGAGACCAACGCUGAGCAUCUGGCUGGAAGCCUUCAGAAGGCACUGGAUGAUGUGGGAGCCUUGCUAGGGAACCGUAAAGAUGGGGAAUUAUGAACGUCAUCCUUGAGACACACUCCAUUCCUCUUUUCUUUCUCCCUAGACCACACCUGACUUGGGCUUACAGAGAGCUGUUUGCCUUGUGUCAACAUUUCACCCAUAAUUCCAUAGGCCCAGGAUCUUUGCACUGCCUUCCUCUCAUGCCAAAGCUCACGAUGCAGGUCUCUUUCAGUCUUUCCUGCUGACACUCCUUACCCAUAAUGCUCUUUGUAAUCCACCAGAGUUCCUAGGGUGAAGCAUGUGUUGGUGGGGUUUUUUUUACACACGGUCUUAAUACAGAGCCCAGUCUAAUUUAUUUCCAGGUUGAAUAAAGAAAAAGAU